GAAAAUUCUAAGCCGCGGAAUUAGAUUAGAAAAAAAUAAAAAUGUUACGUUCCAAAUCAAGAUCAGGUUCUAUUGAUAUUACACAGAAGAAGAAUUAUUCAUCCGUAUUUUCAAGAACACUUUCUGCAUCAAAGCUUUGCAGAGGCGAUGUUAUAGGGACACAUUUUGAUGCGGAGGCCCUUAAAUCAAAGAACCGGGCCCACACUAUGACAACAAUGCAGCAGCAGAUGGGGGAGAUGGAAGAGGAGUUGAGGAGGACCAAAGAGAAAUUCGACAUUACUAAACUCGAAAACAAACAAAUGCUUGAUCAGAUUAAAAGGGCAAAAGAAGAGGCCAAUUACAUGAAGGCAAAGGAAGCCAACGACCUCCGAGCCGAACUCGAACACGCUCGAAAAUUGCUCGAAGCCUCGCAACACGAGUCGAUAACCAAGACCAAAACGAUCGACUCCUUGGAAUCCGAGCUCGCGAAAGCGAGCCAAAUCGUCACAUCGUUCGAUUUAAUAAAGAACGAAUUAAGCUUUUCGAGGGAGAGCGAAAAAAGCGCAAACGCAUCACUAAACGAGAGCAUGAAACGGGUUCAACAACUCCAAGACGAGCUCGAGAGACAAAAGUCAUCCGAAUCGAGAAUGUCGGAAUCCUUAGCCCUCCAAGCCAAAGAGCUCGAGAGCUCCAAGAUCGAGAUCGUCACCCUACGGAAAAUAAUCGGGUCUCUAGAAGAAAAAUUAUCCACUCAAAAUAAUAGUUACGAAGAAAACGAGAUCGGCCGACUCAAGAUCGAGCUACAAUCGGCACAGAAAGCCGAAAAGAUCCUCCGCGAGGAAAUGCAAGUCAUCCGAAACGAGUGGCGGCUCGCGAUCGAGUCGGAGGAAAAAAGCGCGAAAGCCAUGGAGGACUUAGCCCUAGCCCUCAAAGAAGUCGCCACCGAGUCCAACCGAGCCAAGGAAAAACUCGAGUCCGCGCGAACCGAGCUGAACCACACAAAACUCGAAACCGAGCGACUGAGAAAAACGCUCCACGAGGCCAAUCAAGAAUCCGAGCUCCACAAGAACACGGCGGACCGCCUCCGUCUCGAGGCCGAGGAGACCCUCCUCGCAUUGAACGCGAAAGAGAUGGGCUUCGUGAGCUGCAUCAAACGGGCCGAGGAGGAACGGGCCUUGGCCCAACGCGAGAACUCGAGGCUCUUGGAGUCCCUAAAGGCCGCGGAGAACAUGAUGCGGUCCGCGCGGGAAGAGACGUACAAGCUCCGCGACAUCCUCAAGCAGGCGGUCAACGAGUCGAAUGCCGCGAAGGCGGCCUCCGGCAUCGCGCGCGAGGAAAACUCCCAUUUACAAGACUCCGUCUCGGAAAAAGAUGAGCGCCUCCACUUUCUGACUCGGGAGAACGAGCGGUUGAGGAUGAGCGAGGCCGCGGCCCACGAGAACGCGAAACAGCUGAAGAUUCUUCUCUCGCAAGCCUCGACCGAGUUCAGAUCGAACGAUCACGAUGAAGAUGAAGAUAAGGAGGAGGAGGAAGAGGAGAAGAAGAAUGAGAAUAAUAAUAUGAACAAAAACUUUAGUUUCAAUCUCGAGGACUUGAAGUUUAUGAACGAGCCGGAGGGAGAGAGGGAGGUCGACGAGGAGGAUCCGGCGAAGGCGGAGGCGUUGAAGGGUUCGAUUUUCGACGCAAAUGCGGAGACGCCUAAGUCGGAGCCGCGGACCCCACAGUCGGCAAGGGAGAGGGGGAUGUUUUGGGUGAGGAGGUCAGAGGACUUUGACUGCUCGGGAGAUUCGGACAAUGAGAGAGGGUCACAUAGGAGAGUGAAAACGAUGUUUCAAAGGGUCGGGGGUUUGUUGACUAUUAGGAGGAGCUUACAUAGGAAGGAAGCUGCAUCGUCUCCUAUCGAGCAGGCAGUCGGGACUCAGCAUUGAUAAAAUGGUGAUGAAGGUGUCACACCUCAAACGGAAGUUAAACCGUGAUUUGCAUACUUAAA